UAUCCUCGGGCCGGACAGAGUAAUUCCACGGCACAUCCGUUUCGACAGCCGCGCUUCUCACUUACUUGUCUGUCGAGACUCGAGAGCCAGGGCCUCGAUCGAUAUUGGAGACCCGGUAGAUAACUCGCACGACCCCGGACAACAAUGCUCUCUCGCGCCGCCGCAGCGCUGCUGCUUUCCCUCGGGGCCUCGUCGGCGCUGGCGAAGCUCCAGUGCAUCAACGACGACCUCGUCGCGGUCGAGGCGCCCGCCUCCGCCCUUCCCGUGUACGUCAAGCGCCAGGAGUCCAAGCCGGUCGACGUCUACUUCCACGUCACCAGCUCCGUGGCCAACAGGGAGCGCAUCACCGACGCCAUCGUCGACGCCCAGUUCGAGGUGCUGCACUCAACCUACCUCCGCCACGGCUUCGAGCUCUCCCUCGUCAACGUCUCGCGCGUCGUCGACGACGUGCUCGCCAAGGGGUUCUACGAGGACUCGGGCAUCGGCAUUCCCGACUUCGACGGCUACCUCGCCUGGCGCGCCGCCACGCGCCGCGGCGGCUACGACGCGCUCAACGUCUACUUCUUCACGGACCUGGCCGAGAGCAUCGGCGGGCACUGCAACCUCGCGGGCGUCGUCGAGGACGGCAGCCAGCAGUUCUGGCAGGACGGGUGCUGGGUCAACGGCGACACGAUGCCGGGUAUCCCGCCCCGGAGCGGCGGCGGCGGCGGCGGCGGCAACGGGACCGAGACGGUGCCGAGAAAGGGGCACGUUGCGGUGCACGAGGUCGGCCACUGGUUCGGGCUGCUGCAUACCUUCCACGGGCGGUUGUGCGAGGCCAUCAACGAUCAGGUCGCCGACACGCCGGCGCAGGCCGGGGGCAGCACGGGGUGUCCCAUCGGACGUGAUUCGUGCCCUGGCUCGCCUGGAUUGGACCCCAUUCACAACUUUAUGGACUACUCGGACGAUUCCUGCACAACCGAGUUCACGCCGGGACAGGAGGAGCGCAUGCAUCAGAUGUUUGAUGUCUACAGGAGAUGGCAGGGCUAGACGUGAAGAAAGACAAGGAAACAGUCCUUCAAGGAUCAUAUCGUUACUUGAGACUAAGUCAUAACUCGUUGCUUGAAUUUUUGAUACAUACCCAAACACCAACGCCAAAACAAUUUCCGCAUGAUUUCGUUGCAA